AAGUAAACAGCUAUGUAGUGUACCGGCGGGACCAUUAGAGAUAACUCUAUGCUUGUAAAAUUUUUGUCACAUUUUCGAUGUGACUAUUUAAAUAAUAGUUUAUUAAUGCUUUUAAUGAAUGCCAUUAUCCUGGCGCGCUCGCGAGACGUUUUAAACGGAAAUAGGCGACACAGAAACAAGAUGGCGGACGCGGUUAGUCCACUAAUAGCGGAACGCGCAAUGAACAGCUACCGAGUUGUUUGGUCCGGUGCAGUCCACUGUUAGUAGAUUAAUUUAUCCUAUGGCUGAAAAUGUACUGUUCGAUACGGAUGGGAGUCAGCACUCACCUCCCGAUACGAUAUUAUCACGAUCCCCAGGUGCCCAAGUAUCACGAUUUUAGAAAUAUCCAAAUUCGAUAUAACAUUUCCACCAAUUUUAAACAUUUGAAUGAUUAAUUAAAUAUAGCUAUUUCCAUAUAACAUUCGUUUUUUCGCUUAAAAACCGAGUGCAGCAUUUAAACAAUACAAACUUCAAAUACAAGAGGUACAUUUAACUGAGCAGCUCGUAUCUCUGUCAGUUGACUAAUUGGCACUCGCUGUGUUUUGAGACUGUUGUGUGUAUAAUGAAUGGGUUUGAGACUAAUUUUCUCACAGAGUUUGGAGAAAAUGGCAGAUCAGUGGCUUUUUAACGCUUGUCUGGUUAUAUCUGAGGCUGAUCGGCCGAUUACCGGUCACAGCCAAUCAAACUGAAAACCAGCCAAUUCUGGUCACUUGUCGAUCGGCCACUCAUCUCUAUUAUAAACAUAAAAAUUCUAUUUAAAUAAAAUCCUAGAUUGUGCGGUCAGUGUGGUGAUACGUGAUUUGCCACACUAGUGCAGUAUGUCUUUGAUGUUUGUGCAAACUCUACACAAAAGCCUAAAUCAUUAAAAGAAAGUAAGUGGUCAAAUAAAUUCUAAUGCAGCAGACGUUAACUGCACACUUGUAAUGACUAACCUAUUUUAUAAUUCUAGUAAACAAAAUAUAGAAUAAAUUAUGCCUUUACUGUUCCCACUGAUGUAUUUAAUCUUUGAUGCAUUUUAUUCCUGCAAACGACAGUCCAUUUAUUUUAAAUAAUAAUAGUAAAAUCUUAAGUAAUAAUGAAUUGUGGGGCGUUUUUUUUACAUCGUUUCUGAGAACACUUGACUCAAAAGUCUGAUUCAUUUUGAUCGGUGUGAACACAAUUGUUCAUGAACAUUGAACAAUUUAAUGUGCCUAAUUCAAAAAUGUUCUUAGUAUGUGUGAAAAUAAUUUACUCAUGAAAUGAUUCUUUUAGUGAUUUUUUGACACUCUACUUAUGGUGUGUCAAUCCGGAUCCUUGAGCAGAACUGAUUCCACCCGUUUAUUUAGCCAUUCUUGGCUUUCAAUAGAAUAUCAGGUGUGGCUUUUGCUUGGUUGCAGUGCAAAUAAGGUAUUUGUGCAAGUCAUGUGACUUGUAAUGGUAAGAUCCACCCGACAUGUUGCUAGAUCUAUCUAAUGAAUUAACCAGCCAGGUAGACAGUCUCUGAUGGCCUUGUAUGUUAAACAGUAGCCUCUAAUGUUAUUCUUCCUGCUAUUUAUUUGUUUCACAAGAAGAAUGUGUUCCAAUCUGGUUGAUAUGUUUGGAUGAGAGGGUCUAGUCCACCACUUUUUAUUAUGAGAACUAACAUUAAUCCAUUUACAGACCAGGAAAAAGAAGGCCUUGCAGAUCUUUACUAAAUACAUACUUGCCUUAAAAAUGUCUUCCAGAACAGGAAACAGUGUCUAGCUAGCCUCGCACUUAUCAACAACCCAUUACAAAAUCCCUGUGUGAUGGUUGGUCUGACAUGAUUGCACAAUGCGCCAGCAUCUGAAUGAUUAUGUUGCGUUGAAAUUUGGAGGUAAGUCUGAAUAUGUUGUCUUGUUACUUGGCUACGAGAAGGACCUUGAGUGCAUGAUUAUCUUCUUAUCUACAACCUUUAUCGACAGGUGAAUUAUAAUCUGCAUCUCGCCCAGCGUCAACUCCUCUUGCUUAAGCUUGCUGCUUAGUUGCUCUGUCUGUAAUUUUUUUUUCAUCUGGAUACCUGCAGCAUGUCUCAGAAAUAUCCCUACACGAACACAGGGGAUGACUUUCUGUCGCAUCAAGACAUGUAUGCAAAUUCAUACCAGAGACAGUCCAAUACGUACCAACCAAGAGUUAGAGCUCCAUCUCGGGAGCAAACGUACUCUAUGACAUCUUCCAACAGAACUGGGGACUCUUCUUUCCACUUACCGGGGACUGCUUUGUCAUUUCUUCAAAGCUGUGGACUGGACUCGAGCGACAUUGCCCACCUUGCAGAACUUCCUGAGCAUCUCUUCACUGUCGAGACACUUUCUACACUGCUUUUACAGAUCAAAGAACGUAAAUUGUCCGGUGCAACGUCCUCAUCGUCUAGGCCUGGCAUAAGUCAGCCACUUGACGAUACCCCGACUCGAGCAAGAGAGGGUAGCAGCCACUAUAAACCUGUUGAGUAUCCCAUUGAUCGGUCAGCACACUCAGUGCACUCUCGUCGUCCUGAGCAAAUUCAAACCCGGCAAGACUUCUGGGGAAAUCCUAGACGAACAAGUACUUUAACCAGCAGUGAAAGCAGCAGGUUUCCAGACUACAGCGUCCCCAAUUACAAUGACUCAUAUUACAGUACCACAGAUGUCCCGUCACGCUCUUUUAAUGAUGUCAGACCGAAGCCUUUGCUUUCUCUGAAAUUAGAACCACCAGUUUCCACGCCUACUAGAAAAGAGUCCUCAGACUUCAAUUGCAAAAUUCCUCCGGCUUAUCCUCAUAUGUGUUGUCUCUGUGACGUUACUGUCCGUAAUACAAAGGAGUGGCUUUUUCAUGUUCGAGGUACUGAGCAUGCUAAAGGUCAGCGUCUACUUGAAAAAAAGUACCCAAAAUGGGCAGGGACUAUUGGAUCUACAAGAAGGAAUGAAAGCCCAGAAGUUUUAGAAGGUUUUAAGGUUCCAACAAGGACAGAGGCCUCUGACUUCAAUGGCAUCGUUCCCCCAGUUUUUCCUUACUUGUGUACUCUCUGCCACAUCGCUGUCUUUUCUGAAAAGGACUGGUCUGCUCAUAUUACCGGUGGUCAGCAUGCUAAGAGCCAGCUUGACCUUAUGGGAAAGUACCCAGAGUGGGAUGGAACUGUUCAAUCUUCUAGAAGAAAUGAUGGUGAGCCCUCCAAUGACGUAAGAGAUGGAACCUCAGAAAUAAAAACGUCACAAGUGAAGGAUAAACCGAUUUCUCGAGUUGUGAGCUUUGCACCAUUGCCCACUGGGGAGGGUGUCACUGCAGAGUUGACUGCCAUUGCUAAACGAUUUGGAACCGUCAGAAAAUCGUUGUUUCUGCCAAACCGGGGUUUUGUGGAAAUGAGUUCUUUAGAAGAAGCCAAGAAAUUUGUUGAACACUACUCGGCCAAUCAGCUGAAAUUAAAAGGCAAAUUAAUUCAAGUCACCUUCUCUUGUGAAUAUAACUCACUGAGAAAUGCAGAAGGUAAUGACAUUACACAAUCCAGACGCACUCACACCCAAAGGAGCUCUAGCCCAGGCAGGCACAGCACUCAAAGGGACUCCCUAAGUCCCGGGAGAAGACGUUCCUCAGAGACGACCCGUUCUAGCCCUAAGAGAAAACAUUCAUCAGAGAGAACUCCAUAUAGCCCCCAAAAAAGACGCUCGUCAGAGAGAGUCCCCUCAUCUGGAAGUCGCCAAAUAAAAGACAGAAAAGAGAUGAAAGAAAAAGGAAGCAUGAGCAACAAUUCAGAUUCAGACAAUGACCUUGAAGAGCUCAAGGUGAUAGCAAAUGAUGGUGAAGAACUGGUAUGUGUCAUUGAUGAAUAUAAGCGCAGAAAAACUCACCAGGAUUAUUUACUGUCAGAACCAAUGGAUAUAACAGAUGUUCAUGCAGUAAAGCCUGGAGAAGAUUCUCCAAAUGCUGAUACGUCAGAAGCAUCAAACUGUCUGAAGGAGGGGCAAAAGAUUGAAGAAAAACAAGAUCACGAAAUAAAUGAGAAGGACCAUGAUUUCCCCGAUAUUCUUGAAAAUUGUGUGACCUUGGAUGAAUUCACAGAAGGAAAUUCAGAUUGUCAAGAAUUAAAUAUACCAAAGGCCUCAUUUCCAGCAACUGAGGAAUCUUCAGAGGAUGUGAUCACAUGCCAAGAUCAUCUGUUUCCGGUUUCGUGUAUGAAGCAAAGCGAUAAAGAAUCUAAAUCCCCUAAAGAAGAAAGUACGAGCAAUAUAACUGCACAACCCAAUACUUCAGAGAACAUCGAAGAUGCUGUUGAUCAGCCUAAAGAGGAAUGGAACACUGAGAGAGUGACGAACAACCUCAAGAAGGUUGAGAGCGACAUCAAUGUUCCUCCUACUGAGUCGUCAUCUGUUGCAUCCUCUGCUGUAUCUGAGAAGAGCCAAGAGCCGACUGAAGCUCCUGCGCCUCCAGCCGAGUCUGGGAAAAAGCCUAAAACUACCAAAGAUGGUCUUGGGCCGUAUGAGCCAAACGUACCAGUGGGUGUGGAGUUUGUAAAGACGGGCUACUACUGUAGAGUGUGCUGCCUUUUUUACUCUAAUGAAGACACUGCUAAAAAGGUUCACUGCAGCAGCCAGGCACACUACGAGAAACUCAAGAAACACUUGGAAAAGAAGAAGACCAAAGCACAGAGUAAUCCUGGGAAGAAAUGAAUCUGGAAGAGUGUAAUUGGUAUUGUACAGUGUUUGGUUGUGCAUGUGUUUGGUCUCUGCAUUUGGAGGAUUAAUAUUAAGUAUAAUAUUUAGGUUAAUUGUCAGUUACACAUUUACUUUUUUUUCUGAAUGUUUGUUAAAAUGUUGCCCUGUCCUCCGGCUCUUUCAUAGUUGUUUGCUUUCCAUUGUUUGCGGGGAAAUAUGGUCAAUCUCUGUUAACAUUAAAACAUUUCUUACACUGA